CCAGUAAUAGCUGCUGCUGGAUCUAAGAAGGAAUAUAUUUUCAUGGAGUUUAUUGUUUAUUUCCUAACUGUAUAGCUGUUUCACAAACGUAAGUGAAAUGACACACUGUGCUUGGGAAUAUGAACAGCGGAUCCUGCAUCUCCUGAAUAUAUCGUUUCUCGGAUCAGAAAUGCAUAAAGGACGGCACCAAUGGUCCAACAUGGAGACCAGGAAAUAAUACCCACAGAAGGCAAAGAAGACUUCUCCCUGAUUCCUACUGGGAGUGAGAGAGUGACUGACAGGGAGGGGAAAAAAGUGGGAGCGAGUGUGAGAGGGGAAGGGGAAAACGAGAGGGUUAGAGGGCAAGGUAGAGAAAGAGGAGAGAAGGGAAGAAGAGGAAUAGGAGGAAGAAAACAACAGAUUGAGAGAGAUUGAUUUGGGGAAAUAAAGAGAGGGGAAAAGGAGACCAAGAGACGGAAUGGCAUUCCUGGACAACCCCACCAUCAUCCUGGCCCAUAUCCGGCAGUCCCACGUGACCAGUGAUGACACGGGCAUGUGCGAGAUGGUCCUGAUCGACCACGAUGUCGACCUGGAGCGGUGCCUGCAGUCUUCUGCACCGGGGGGUGGGGGGGGCCUGUCCGGGCCGGGUUCCCUAGGAGACGGCAGCACCGGGGAGACCCAGGGCUGCGACCUAUCCCAGUCUGUCGACAUAACUUCCAGCUGGGACUUUGGUAUCCGCCGGAGAUCCAACACAGCCCAAAAGCUGGAGAGACUGAGGAAGGAACGUCAGAAUCAGAUCAAGUGCAAAAAUGUCCAGUGGAAGGAGAGAAGUUCUUCACAGUCAGCGGAAGACAUGAGCUCCCUGUUCGAGAAGAAGGAUUUUCGGGACCGGCCUCGGAGCGUGGGCCUGCAGUCCACCCUUUCCCUGCGGCUGGAGCAGUGCCCCCAGCAGCUCAACAACCCUUUCAACGAGUACUCCAAAUUCGAUGGCAAGGGCCACAUAGGUACUACCGCAACCAAAAAAAUCGACGUCUACCUCUCCAUGCAGUCGGGGCAAGAGAAGCUGCACCCCAUGACGGUGGUCACCAUGGCUACCGCCCGAGUUCACGACCUCAUUGGCCUCAUCUGCUGGCAGUACACCAGCGAGAGCCGGGAGCCCAAACUCAAUGAAAACGUCAGUGCAUACUGUCUGCACAUUGCUGAGGAUGAUGGGGAGGUGGACACGGACUUCCCCCCGCUGGAUUCUAACGAGCCCAUUCACAAGUUUGGCUUCAGCACCCUGGCCCUGGUGGAGAAGUACACGUCUCCAGGCCUGGCGUCCAAGCAGUCGCUCUUCGUCAGAAUAAACGCUGCUCACGGUUUCUCGCUCAUCCCGGUCGACAGCAUGAAGGUGACCAUGAAGGAGAUCCUGCAGAAAGCACUCAAGAAGAGGAAGGGCUCGCAGAAGGGCUCAGGCCCUCAGUACCGGCUGGAGAGGCAGACAGAACCCAACGUGGCUGUGGAUCUGGACUGCACUCUGGAGAGCCAGAACACGCUGGAGUUCUGUCUGGUCCGAGAAAACAGCUCCAGAGGAGAGGAGAGCUCAGAAGAAGACCCGCCCAUCGACAUCACUACAGUGCAAGACAUGCUGAGCAGCCACCACUACAAAUCCUUCAAGAUCAGCAUGAUCCACAAACUCCGCUUCACCACCGACGUCCAGCUCGGGAUCUCUGGGGAGAAGGUGGAGAUCGACCCUGUCACGAACCAGAAGGCCAGCACUAAGUUCUGGAUCCGGCAGAAGCCCAUUUCCAUCGACUCAGAUCUCCUGUGUGCCUGCGAUCUGGUGGAGGAGAAGAGUCCAAGUCAUGCUAUAUUCAAGGUGACGUAUCUCAGCAAUCACGACUACAAGCCCCUGUACUUUGAGUCUGAUGCUGCCACAGUCAAUGAGAUCGUACUUAAGGUGAACUACAUUCUGGAGUCGCGGGCGAGCACCACCCGGGCGGACUACUUCGCCCAGAAGCAGCGCAAGCUCAGCCGCCGCACGAGCUUCAGCUUCCAGAAGGACAAGAAGUGCAGCCAGUAACUGUCCCCCCUCUGUGGACCAACGGACGCCCGCGCUCCGCCAGACGGACGGACGCGUGGGGAGAUGGAGGAGGCGGGGCCUGGAGAGGGGGGACGAGGAUAGACGCUGAGAACGCCACGCCGCCCCCCCCCCCC